AUAUGAACGACAGGCGGUUCACGUGUCUGCAUUGUGGUCGCGGGUUCGUGCAGAAGUGCAGUUGGCGCAGUCACAUGCGCACUGUACAUGGAGAAAUAGAUGAUAGGGCAACGUCUACGACAUAGAUUAGAGCUAGAUGCUUUCACUGUACUUCCGAGGUGUCGGCGAUCAGUUGAUCAUCAAAAGUGAAAUAACCGACGAUGCCGCGAAGAGUCACAUUACAGUUGACAAAGUAGUUAAGUGUAAGGAAAACAAACAGUGCACCGGAAAGAUCAAUAGAGAUCUCCCAACUUCAGACGUUCUAACAGCUGUAACUAAAAUACCUAUCGUAACAGUCAACAUACUACGAAAAACUGUAAAAAGACCCGAAACUCUAGUAGCUCGAGAUACUAUGACAAAGUAUAAUGAAGACGAACAGUGCACCGGAAAGAUAAAUACAAACUUCCCAGCUUCAGACGUUCUAACAGCUAUAACUAAAAUACCUAUCGUAACAGUCAACAGGCCACGAAAAAUUGUAAAACGACCCGAAACUCUAGUAACUCGAGACACUAUGACAAAGUGUAAUGAAGACGAACAGUGCACCGGAAAGAUAAAUACAAACUUCCCAGCUUCAGACAUUCUAACAGCUAUAACUAAAAUACCUAUCGUAACAGUCAACAGGCCACGAAAAACUGUAAAAAGACCCGAAACUCUAGUAACUCGAGACACUAUGCCAAAGUAUAAUGAAGACGAACAGUGCACUGGAAAAAUAAAUACAAACCCCCCAGCUCCAGAAGUUCUAACAGCUGUAACUAAAAUACCUAUCGUAACAGUCAACAGGCCACGAAAAACUGUAAAAAGCCCCGAAACUCGAGUAACUCUAGACACUAUGACAAAUCGUGAGGAAAACAAACAGUGCACCGCAACGAUAAAUAGAAAUCUCCCAGCUCCAGACUGUAAAGCUGUAACAGCUGUAACUAAAAUACCUAUCGUAAUAGUCAACAGGCCACCAAAAACUGUAAAAAGACCCGAGACUGUAAUAAUAGAAAAAAACAAAAAUUAUACCAAUAUUGAAACUGUAUUAGCACAUUCGACUGCAACGCCCAUUCGAAGCCACGACGGGUUUGCCUAUACGUGUUGCUUUUGUACGGAGCAGUACACUGAUCCAGCUGAACUGAAACAACACACAUUAAUGACACACGACAACAGUGACGAAAGACGAGAUUUCAUGAAGAAACAAUGCACCCUUGAUUAUGUACUAAAACUUGAUAUUACGCUAUUGAAAUGUAAAGAAUGUGAUGAAAACAUUGACACAUUGGAAGGAUUAUUUGAUCAUUUGCAAAACGAGCACAACAAGCUUAUCCAUACUGAUGCGAAGAAUCAAAUGAUUCCAUUUAAAUUUGACGAUGGAGAACUUAAAUGCGUCGUUUGUUCCCUUGUCUUCAGCAAAUUCAAAGUCCUAUUAGAACACAUGCAUACGCAUUACAAAAAUUACGAAUGUGACGUUUGCGGCUUCGGGUCUAUUACUCGUAAACUUAUGACAUAUCAUAAGCUAACUCAUGAAGCAGGCUCGUUCGAAUGUAGCGAUUGCAGUAAAGUUUUCAAAACCCGUUCGAGGUUGAGGUCGCAUAUGAGUGUGGUCCACAAAUUUAAGAGCAUGCCCAACAAAUGUGGUAUCUGCAAGCAAAGAUUCCGAAGCAAUCCAUUGAAGGACAAACACAUGAUCGCCGUGCAUGGAAUGUCGCCAGUGAUUCGGAAGUGUUAUGCCUGCGACAAAACAUUUCCAAAACAGAACUUACUACUGAGACAUAUUAAAAACUUCCACCUGAUGGAAAGACGCUUUGCAUGCACGGAGUGCGAAAUGACCUUCUUUGAGAAAAGAACGUUGGAACACCACAUGUUGACACACACGGGCAAGAAGGAUUUUCAGUGUGAUGUUUGCCUGAAAUGGUUCACUAGGAAGUAUGCUUUGAUAGAACACAUGCGCAUUCAUAACAACGACAGGCGGUUCACGUGUCUGCAGUGCGGUCGGGGGUUCGUGCAGAAGUGCAGCUGGAGAGGUCACAUGCGUUCUGUGCAUGGAGAGACUGAUAACAGUGUGUUGUAUUAAAAGCUAUUAUAUUUUACUAGCCGAUGCCCGCGACUUCGCUUGCGUGGAUUUAGGUUUUUCGAAAUCCCUUGGGAACUCUUUGAUUUUCCGAGAUAAAAAGUAGCCUAUGU